AUCAAAACCGUCAAUAUGGCUAGUGAUGCGCCCGAAAAGACUGCAGAGCAGACCCCUCCUGCGCCAGAGGUUCCUUCUGAGGAAGCGCCUCCAGCACCGACAGUCCCCGAAUCGCGAUUGCCGACCCGCAAGGAUGUCUCCCUACGAGAGUUCUUGAACAAGAUGGACGACUAUGCACCUAUUAUCCCUGAUGCAGUCACCAAUUACUACAUGACCAAAGCUGGUCUUCCACCACCUCCACAGACUGAUCCUCGUCUCGCGCGACUGCUCGCCCUCGCGACGCAGAAGUUCAUCGCAGACAUCGCCGCAGACGCCUACCAGUACAGCCGGAUCCGCGCAUCGUCAAACACCAAUAAUCCUAUGGGCUCUCUUGGUGCGGCUGCUGGAUUCCCCAUUCCUGGACAACCAACGGGUCAGCCUGGAAGUAAGGACCAGACCAAAGGCGCGCCCCUUGGUAUCCAGCGACCGGGUUACGGCGGUGGUGGCCAGGGUGGCAGCCAGAACAGAACCGUCCUUACGAUGGAGGAUCUGGGUAUGGCUGUCGGAGAGUACGGCGUUAACGUCAAGCGAAGCGAGUUCUAUCGCUAGGUUAUGUUUCUUAACUACGUGGGUGCUUGAUUGCAAGGCGUUACGGUAUGGCGUUCACGGAAGGACCUGGGUCCAUAAAUGAUAUCAGGAUCACCACCAGCAGAAUCAGAACUGGUUGCAAUAGAUCGCCUUUCAAUGUG